GUUCUUAGUGGCAGUUACUGUCUCUCUUUCGACAGUAUACAUUCAUACUUUGUGCAAGCAUAUUCUAUCAGUGAAGCAUUAAUUCGGAAUUUUAAUCACCCUGGCCCCUCGAAAUCGUUGGACUUGCUCAAUAGUAGAUCAACUAUCAGCACUAGUAAUGGCGACGAUCCCAGUAUAUUCACCCAUGGUUCCCUUUUUGGGUCUCAUUCCGGGUGGCAUUCGUCAUGGUUCUAUGGUGCGCAUCAAAGGCAUCAUCAACAAUCACGGAGAACGGUGUCAGAUCAAUAUACAAACGGGAGCCGCGUUGAAUCCACGUGAUGACGUCACGCUGCACAUUAGUAUUCGCCCCAAUGAGGCAGUGAUCGUGCGCAACACGCUGCAAAACCAGGUGUGGGGCGCUGAGGAACGCUACGGAGGUUGUCCGAUCAACUAUGGCCAGUCGUUCGACGUAUUGGUGCUGGUCGAGGUGAAUCAGUACAAGAUCGCAAUCAACGGCACUCACUUCUGUGUGUUCAAUCAUCGUCAGUCGGUGCAUUCGGCCAGAUACGUUUCGAUCAGUGGCAGUUGUGUGAUCCAUUCGAUUACGACGGAAAUGGACACGACCGGAUCCUCCGGGCCACCGUAUCCCGGAACUGCUUCGGUUCACCCGCCACCAUACACACCACCGUCCUACCCACCGUAUUCGUCCGGAAGCCACAUUGGUUUCGUACCAGUGGCACCACCGAUGCCACCACCACCGCCGUACACUCCAACCCCAGGUUAUCCCAUUGGCAACACCGGCUCAUAUCCAGGAGCUCCUCCUCAUAUCCCACCAUACGGAGGCUAUCCGCAUCAACCAGGUUAUCCUGCUGCAACACCUUACUCGCCACCCCAGCCUACGGCCCCGUCGUCAUCGAUGACCAGUACUAUCCAAGCUAAUCCGACGGCGCCCGUGAGUCAACCGAAAACUGUAAAGGAUUCCGUCAUCACUGGAGUCCAGCAGACGAAAAACUUCCUACAUGAUGCCAUCUAUGGCAAAACAACGACCGCUCCUUCCUAUCCCCAACAACCACCGAUGCAGCAUGUCCCUAUUAGCCAACCGGCCUACCCGCCACAAACAGUUGCUUAUCCAUCCCAACAGACCUACGGAGCAUAUUACCCAUCGGCGCCAUAUCCACCACUGCCAACUGGGCCGCAACAUUAUAAUAGCCCUCAGAAACCAUCGGGUGGGCUGCUAUCGUCCGGUGCUGGGAUUGCAACGGCGGCUUUAGCGUUCGGAGCUGCCGCUGCUGUGCUGCAUAAGCUUCCUAAAAAGGCCAAAAAGUCCAAAAAGUCCAAAAAAUUGAUGAAGUAUGCAGCCGGAGCUGGAGUGCUCGGUCUCGGUGGUUAUGCAAUCGGGAAAGGGCUUAGACGACGUGGCAGCAGCAGUAGUAGUAGCAGCAGCAGCAGUAGUGAUAGUGAUUGAGGUCACGUGCACACACUGAUGUACCAACAAAUAUAAUUUAGUUGAAAUUGUUAUUAGAAUAAAUUACCUAUUGAAA